GCUGUAAAAAAAAAAACAUUUUCUAUUUUGCAAGAUCUAAACCAAAUCCAACAGUCCCCUCCCUCUUUACUCAAAUCUUUCUCACUCCACUGUGCGAUGGAAAGAGACGAAGAUUGGGAACUAUGCAACGAAGACGGUUUCGUUUACAAGCGAAUCCGUCGUAUCUCGGACCCUGGAGAAACAACAUCCAAUCCGGUGGAUCCGGGGUUAGAUCCCGCCGCGGAGGAGAGGAAUCGAAGGAAGCGGCAGAAGAGAACGCUGGUGAAGCUCAGAAGCAAGUACCAGAGAGAGAUCCAGCAGUGGGAGAUUCUGUCGAACAGCUUCGAUGCUAUGCGAGAGAAAGCUGCUGGUGGAUUUCAAACGACGUCGCAGCAGGAGGGAGAUGAUGAUAGGUUAAACGCGAACGAAGCGACGUCGUCUCAUGGUUCUUCCGCGUCUGUUUUCCUCGACGAACUUCUCUCUAUGGCGGAAGCACAAGAAGUGAUAAUCAAUGAUGUGUCAAACCUGUGCGAAGUUGUAGAAGAAAUAAUUAGAGUGGAAGAAGAAGAGACGAAGCAGUCGUUAUUUGAUCUUGAUGUUUGGAGUUCACCUAGGAAUCUAAUGGCGUCGCUCUGUGCUGAUUAAUCACUAGCUUCUUCUACUCUAGUCGGUCCAUCAGGCUCUGUACAUUCUUGUCUUGUGUUGGAACUGUUUCAAUAAGAUGUGAAUCUGCAGCAUUAACUUAGAAUCACACUGAGUUUAGUGUUAUAUGUAUGUGUAACCGUGUGUUGUUCAAAAAAAAAAAUGUAUGUGUACCUAUGUAACAUGUUUCAAACACAAGAUGAAGCAGGGAAAGUUAUUAAACCUCGGAAUAAACCAUUGAACU